UCAGCUCGGUCAUGUGAUCAGCUAGCACUGAUAAUCAGUGUGCCCUGAUGAUCAGUGUAGCCCCAGCAGUGUCACCUGUCAGUGUCCAUCAGUGCCAUGUGUCAGUGCUCAUCCAUGCCACCUGCCAGUGCCCAUCAGUGCCACAUUUCAGUGCCUACCAGUGCACAUCAAUGCCACAUAUCAUUCCCCUACAGAGCUGCCUUUCAGUGUCACCCAUCAGUGCCACCUAUCAAUGCCAGGCAGUGCUACCUAUCAGUGCUGCCAAUCAGUGCCGCCUAUCAGUGUGCAUCAGUGCCGCCUAUCAG